AGUCAGUUAAGUCAACGUCAGGUCCUGCACGGCACGCACAGCUGAGCUGGUUUUUGUGGCUCAAGCAAGAAAAAUAGUUCUGUUGAAUUGUAGCAUGAAACUAUUUAAUUUAUUGCAAGAAACUGAAACAUAUUAAUCAUGAUUGAUUAUUAAAAAUACAAACGUUGAUUGCGUGUACACUUGUUUGUUUUUGUUACUGGGGAAAAUGGACAACAACAAUCACUCAGAUCACUCGCCGAGUUCACCAACUAAGGAGAGAAUAGAAAUCCGCGAUUACUAUUUGCAACUGCCAGAAUGGGGGUUGGAGAGUCUGAAGAAUGCAGCAAUACAGCAGCGGCUGCCGAGGCCCAGAAGCUUGGCGUGGGCAAUCUUGUUGAAUGCUGUGCCUCCACCUAACCAAGAUAUUGUAUCUAGUGUCCAAACUCACAGGAAAUUCUACAAUGACUUGAAGUUGAAGUUGUCUAUGGACCCUCGCGCGGUCAUCGGCGAUGAUCCUCUGUCACAAAAUGAUGAGAGUGCAUGGAAGCAACAUUUUUGCGACAAUGAACUGAAAGCCCUGAUCCUACAGGAUGUUGUGAGGACUUUCCCUGACGAGUUGUACUUCAGAGAGAAGGAUGUCCAGGAUAUUAUGGUGGAAGUGCUAUUCUUCUGGGCGCGGUCUCACUCUCACGUGGGGUAUCGACAGGGCAUGCACGAGAUAUUGGCUCCGGUGAUGUUCGAACUCUAUUUAGAUAGGAAAUUCGCUCCCAACAACCUGAGUGACACACUAAAAUACGUUUUGCAAGAAGAAUAUCUUGAACAUGACAGUUACAUGUUAUUCAACUCAGUAAUGAAGGGAUUGGAGAGGUUCUACACAACAGGCGACGUCGUGCCCACCUCCGAGGGGAGAAUGCCCACUUCAAACGUAGUCCACAAUCCCAACGAAGUAGUGAGAUAUUUAGAGAAGAUUAAGGACGAAUACUUGGUGCCGCUCGACGCUGAGUUGGCCUCCCACUUGAACGACUGCAAUAUCUCCCUAGAAUUGUUUGGAAUUCGUUGGCUACGUUUGCUGUUCGGCCGAGAGUUCCCUCGUUCGGAAAUCCCGCAUCUCUGGGGAUUCCUGUUCGCGGACGGCCCCACACUGCCUCACAUACAUUUUGUUGUCAUCGCCAUGCUCAUCUCUAUUAGGAAUAUACUGGUAGACCCCGACGCAGGCGUGGUGCUGUCGGCGCUGAUGCGGCCGUCGCCCCUGUCCGCGGGCCACGUGAGCGCGCUGGCGCUGCACCUGCGGCGGCCGCUGGACCACCCGCGUCCGCCGCCGCCGCCGCCGCCGCCGAGACACGUGGCCGUCCCCGUCAAUGGGGAUUGGUCUUCGGAAAUACCACCUGAUGAAGAUUCCGGCUCCGAAGGUGUGGCCGAAGGCGCGGACGUGGCGCGGGAGCUGGCGACGCUGGCGCUGCUGCGCGCGCAGCUGCCGCGCGCCGCCGCCCGCCUCGCGCGCGCUCUCCCGCGCCCGCCCUCCGCCGCCGCGCAGCCGCUGCGCCACAUACUGCAGUUGGCAGCCCUAAUCCAAUGUCGGAACCACGCAUUAAUCGACGUCGAAACAGCCCUAGAAGCGGCCGAGGGUCAGUCUACAACACAAACUGACACCCGCAAACAAAUAGUCCCAGUAGCUUUGCCCCUCCGAAGGGGAACUACCCAACGGCCGGUCGCGCCAAAACUGAAAGAAGUACAAUUGAAAGUGUUCAACCAAUCAGAGUGCAAACCCAGUAACUUACCAUUCAUGGACCCUUUGAGGUCCAGAACAGAGUGACUAAGAAGAAAAUUUAUGUUAUAUAGUUUUUAUCAUUAAGAUUGUGAUUUCAUAAGCAAAUGUUGAGCAAGAAGUCCUAAAUUGCAUUUUUAAUUCACGUUUUUGUAAAAUUUGGUGAUUUUUAACACCUGUAUCUGUGUAUGUAUUCCAUAAUAAGUAAAAAUAAGAGCGGAUCCAGUAUUAAAAUUGCCCUUAAAAAUAAUGAGAAUAUCUAGCUUCCUAUAAGAUCGAAGUUAAACCGUGUAUAAAAUACAUUCCUCUUAAGCGUCUGUCGCUAAAAUUAAUGAAUUUGGUUUGCUUCAUAAUUUUAUAUGGAAAUUUGUUUUUUAAAUGAAAUGAAGAAGAAGAAGUAACAGAAAUGAAGUUAAAACCUUUUUUGUGAUUAUCUGAAAUAUGAAACAAAAUCGAUCGACUCAAGAAAAACAUACUUGUCCAGUAUUAGAAACAACAAAUUAAAUUUAUAGCAAUAAAAAUUAGUAAACAUUUUACGUGUCAAGCAAGCUGUGUGUCGAGUUAAUAACGUCUACCACAUUUUUUAGUACCGCUCCCACAACGCAAAUUGUCGUUCAUUGGAAAGUGAGCUUUAAAGCGUGCACUGUAGACUUGUUUUACGUUGACAAAUUAGCGGACUUCUCGCUGUCAGCUCUCAAUUUGUUAAUAUAAGUAUAGACGCUUUAAAGAACACUUUUCAUUUAACAUCAUCUUGUCGGGUAGUUUGGGGCAGUGGUCCAACUGCUUCGUCCAACUAGUUGGACUAUGGGUCUUUCUUUACCAUGUAAAUGCAGUUUUCCAACCCGCUAUUUUAUCUUUCCUUCAAACAACGAGACAAAACAUAUUUAUACUAAAAUGGUCUUAAAAUAUUCGUUAAUUUUUCACGAGUAAUUCUAUUUACACAUAAUAUUUUCGGUAAUACGGAGAACAAUAAAAAUUUCACAAAACAUAGAUUUCUUUUGGAAACAAACUAAACAUUUGGGAGAUAAAUAUAAGUUGCUGUAUUGAAUACGCACGUCACGUAACUCCUCUAUAGUUCCUAGUUGUAAGGAAACCAAGUAACCGUUAUGUAUAACAUAUAAAAUAAUUUCUGAAUUAAGAACCAACAUAUCCAGAUACGUGCAAAACAAUACUUCAGUGUUUUUAUAGUUUUUUUUUAAUGUGUUUAUAAAAUUAGUAGUUCACAAACAGCAACUUACUCCGAAAGUCGAAGUACGAAAUUAAAAAUUUGUAUAUUUACUAAACGUAUUACGCAGUCAGUUUAAGUGAGGGCGCUGUCUCCUGUUGGCAGCAUUGGGUGGUUUAUCAACCAAUCUAAACUGUUAUAUUUGUUACUUUUGUUAUUAAAGGUUCUCAAAAAGCCGGAAACGCAUCGGUGACUCGUAUAGAGUUUUUGGUAUCAUCAGGCAACGGCAAGCCAUAGCUUUUUGCCCACUAUACUAUUUAAAAUGUUGAAUUUAUAGUCCACGCCGCGGAAGAAGACCGCGGCAAUAUGUGUAACUGUCAAUAACAGCUCGGCCACGUAGUUGUUGUUAGCGACUGCAGCGCCGCCUCCAGGAACUUGUUUUUAGCGCGGACUCUUGUUUUUUAUGUUCAUAUGUUGAAGCAUACCUACUUUAAGCUGAAAUAUGUACUAUCACUAUCACGAUUUAGAAUAUUAGAAAUAGAAAGAGACAAAACAUACUUUAUGUUUUGUCUCUUUCUACAGCCACAGAUAUGUUCUUAUAUCUGUGACUUUAGCUUAAAAUGAUUGAAUUUAUGAUUAUGGGGGUUAAUAACUAUAUUUUGUGUCUAUCGAAAAAAAGUUUGAUUAUGUAUGGAUUUUACACGGUAAACAUUUUGUAUGAAAUACGAUGUGAUAUUCCUUUUUGUGGUAGCAUUUUUGUUUUCAUUAUCAUUUCAUUAUCUUAGUUACCUUAGUUUAUAAAAAAAAUUGUGGCUGUUAUGGUUGUGUUUGUACAAAGAACGGAACUGAAGUUCAAGUUUAAAUUGUAAAAAAUAAUAAAACAAGGCCAGAACAUAAAGCAACUUGUUCGUUUCGCAGACUUUAAAUUGAAUGAGCAGGACAGUACUCAAAACCAAUGUGAAAGUGUCGCAUGAUUUUAUGGGUAUAGCUAUCAGUUAUUUCCGAAAAAUGUGAAAUUGGCCAAGAAUUUAGUUUUAAGACCAAAGAACAAUUAUGAUAUAUCAGAAUUUAUGUACUAAAUAUACUGCCUUUUCUUUAUUUUGUUAAACAUAAUUAGUAUAGCAUAUUAUAAUGUGAAAGUCUGCUUGGAUAUAGUUAGCAAAAUUGUAAUAAACUGGAGACA